AUGGGCUGCGGUGACAUCACAUGGCAUCGAGGGCCCCGGCGCACCCCAGUCCGGGCGCUGCGCCGCUGCACGUGGCAGUGGGACAGGACUAGCAGCUGGGCGCGCCCGGCGAGUCUCGAGGAGCUUCGGCGAUGUCUCGCCCGCAAGACCUCGGCAGUGCGCCGACUCGCCUUGCGACGGUCUCCCCGCUACCGGUCUCGACAGCAGAGGUGCCCAGCGCUGCUCGUGGCCGAGGAGCCUUGGCAUGACAAGCUCCAGGGAGCGCCGGCCGUUUUGGCGAUGUCGUCUCGCAAGGCGAAUGCGACGGCAGCUUUGGCCGACUUGCGGAGGUCUCUGCUCGGUGAAGGCUGGUCGGAGCUGGCCCGGGCCUUCGCCAAUGGCCCGGAGGCGCUGGCGGGCAGUGGCAAAGCAGACCGAGGCCACUUGGGCCGCCAUGCUCGCUCCUGGACGCUGCUUCUACGACGUGAAGGCGUGAGGGGCCUUGCUCAGGAGCACUCGCCUGCGCUGCCGGAUGACUGCUCCGCCGCAUGCACGUGUACUCCUGCGAUUGGCGAGCGGGAGGUCACCUAG